AUGAAACUGAAACUUAAUGUAAACAGCAAUAUUUUUAAUGUGCAAUCUUCAAUCCACAAAAAGGGAAAUAAACAAGUGUGCUCCAACUAUAGAGGUAUAUCAGUAACAAGUACCCUAAGUCGAUUAUACGGACGGAUCCUUAGAGAUUUAAUAGAACAGGAAUACCAACAACAAGAAGAGGAGGAACAAUCUGGUUUUCGGACUGGGAGAACCUGUACCGAUAAUAUUUUCUGUCUGAAACAACUAAUAGAGAAAAAAAGUAGUAUUGAUCAGGAGACACACCUCAUGUUUAAUGACCUUCACAAAGCAUAUGAUACCGUUCCAGUUAACAGACUAUUCAAGGUACUACAGGACACCAACAUUAACUACACCUUAAUUGGAGCUCUGAAAAACUUGUACGAAGAAUCGACAUCACAAAUUAAAAUAGGCAACACAUUAUCUGGAAGAUUCUUUGUCAAUAAAGGUCUACGACAAGGAUGCUGUGUUUCGCCCACAUUAUUUAAAAUAGAACUACCUAGCGUACAUCUAGAAAAUGAAGAGAUAGAAGCCUGCAAUAACUACACCUAUCUAGGAGUGAUAUUUGAUACAACAGCUAAAGAUGACAAAGAAAUUAAAAAACGAAUAUCACAAGCUAGAAGAACAAUUGGCUGUCUGAAUGGAGCAUUUUGGAGUAAUGAAAUAGGGAAGAAACGGAAGAUCAAUAUAUACGAGACCCUGGCAAAGAGCAGUCUACUUUAUGGUGCAGAGACUUGGCGAAUAACGGAAGCCAACCGAAAAAAACUGGAAGCGGUAGAAAUGGAUGCCUAUAGAAGAACCUUAGGAAUUUCCCGAAGAGAUAGAGUCCGAAACGAAGAAAUCCAACAGAGGAUAGGAAUAGAGGGAUCUUUGGCAACCGACAUCGAACGCCAACAACUUAUGUGGUACGGACAUGUCCAGAGGAUGGAUGACACACGACUUCCAAAACAAAUUAUGCAAUGGAUACCCCAACAUCGAAGAAAACGUGGAAGACCUAAGAAGACUUGGAAUGAGGGUGUCACAAGAGCAAUGAGUGCCAGAAAUCUAAGCGAGGGACAGUGGAACGAUCGGAAGACGUGGAAGUUAGGCAUCGGACAACGUCGCAAGACGUUCUAA